AUGAAUUUGGUUGUGUAUGGUGGAUUUGCUGGAAAUGCGCUGUUGUCGUUCUUUGCAGUCACUGGGAACGUGUUCAUCAUCUGUAGCAAUAUGUGUCGUGCCUGGACAAUAACUAAAGAAGCAAAAGAGAGGAAAAAUUUGUUUCUAGCUGGGGAAAUAAUAAUCACCUGCAUCACACUGGCUAACCUGCUUCUCAGUUUGUCUGGUUUCACCUGGAUAGCAAUCAAGACCUUUGAGAUGCACUGCCAGGUGGGACUAACUGGAUACAGAGGGCUAACUUAUGCCCUAAUCCUGGGAGGGUCAUCCAGCUUUUGGUUUACCUCUUGUCUGUGCACAUUUUAUCUCCUGAAGAUUGUCAGCAUUCCCAAUGCCGCGUUCAACAAGCUUAAGCAAAAUGUGUCCACUUUCGUUUUGGUUUUCCUCGGAGGGAGCUUUGCUCUGUGCUGUAUCUUCAGCUUCCCUGCAGUUUACGCCCAAAACAUCCACUACAUCAACGCCUCCACGGGCCCUGACAAUUUCACGGUUCAGUCUUGUAAGAUAUCCGCUGAGCUGUCGGGAGUGUCCUUUGAGUUUGCGAUGUUCAACGGGUUUGUGCUGCUGGUCGCCCCCGCCGGCAUCAUGCUGUUGGCUUGUGUCGGGCUUGUGCUGUACCUGUGCCAUCACAUGCACCACAUGAAGAGAAGCAGACGCUCUCCCGAGGCUCCAGAGAGCUCGCCCUCUCACUCUCCAGCUUUGCUGGCCCAAACCAGAAUCUCCAAAAUGAUCGUCUGCCUGGUCGUUGUCUACCUCAUCUGUGACCUAAUCCUGUUCUUUUUGCUUUGUGGUGGAUACACUUCGGCAAACUUGCAAGUGGUCAGUUUCUUUGGAGCUCUCGCAAUGUCCGCCUUUGCUGUAGGUAUCGCCUCUCUUCUCACGUAUGGCAAUGCCAAUCUAAAGAAGGACCUGACCUUCUUGUUUCCUUGUUGCCUGAACAGUUUGACAAAAUGA